GCCGGAUAGUAGCUUUGGAAAACUGUUUGGAAAACUGCUCCGCUCCGCUCAGCUCAGCUCUCCAGCGUGUCCCGUUAUCGAAGUUGUUGCCGUUGCCGCAGUUCCAGUUUUUCAACGUCCUCCUCUUCUUCUUCUGAUUCAGCUAUUUCCAAGCUCUCUCGCUCGCACGCACACAGAGCCAGAAACAGAAACAGCUGAGCGAGCGCUGAGUGAAAAUUUUGUAGUACGCUUCACACGAACUUCUGAAAAAACCCGCAGUCGAAACGCGGCCGCCAAACACAGAACAUCGGCACACGAGGGGCAGAACGAGAAGAAGUAGAGCCAGAAAAUCGGAAAACCAGAAAAGAAUAACUUCUACAAACGAAACGCAGCCAUCAGCACUUGAAACUCCGCCAUAUGUAGGAAAGCAAAGCAAAGAAGCAAAGAUAAAUACGAAAUUAAAAUCUCUGUCCAAACAACAACAACAAGAACGUCUUGAAUUAAAUCAAAACCAUGUGCUGUGCUUAAAUUUAUAAAGGAAACCAGACAGAGCGAGACAGAAAGGGGAAGCGAGAAAGCCCAGAGGAAGGAAAGAGCGAGAGAGAGCUGAACGGGGCGGCAAUUUGCGUUGAUUUUUUAGCAUGUAUUGAAUUGAAAUGUUUAACUAGAAUAACAAAUUUAGUUGUUGAUACUUUUCCAAUUGUUUGUUAAAACGCUGUCGCUGGAAAAUCGAACUCUCCACCACACACACACACACAACAAAGUAAACACACAAUAAAACAACCAACCACACGCGAAGUAAAAUCAAAUUCUUGUGAUUAAAGUGCAUUUCUAUACGUACGUUAAACUACAACUAUUCACACCCACGCAAUAUAUUAAACGCAUCGAAAGUCGGUCGAGAUCAAAAGCCUAUAGCCUAUAUAAUCGCAUUCGCAUUCGGUGGCAGCAACAGCGGCAGACUUUCAUUAUAAAUCCAACAAUCGGCUGAAAACACACAAAAUAGCAGUUGCAACGGCGGCUCUAUUGAAGAUGGAAGUGCUCUCAGUACAAAAUCACAUUCAGGGAAAAUUCGGUGUUAAUAAAAUUAAAGACUGGCAAGCUUCGACGGCGCCGUUGGAGGAGGAGGAGGAGCUGAACGCAGGCGUGAACGGGAACACAGCCGCCGGCGAGGGCAUUCUGGACGUCGACGUGGUAGAUGGCCAUCCAGCCUCUGUGCUCCACAUGCGACAGCACCAGGCGCUCAACACCCGCCCACCGGCUACGCCUCCAUCGGCAGGUGGCGGUGGUCCGUUGGCGGGUGUAGGAUCCGUCGGUAUGACCACUCCCAAACAGGCCACGUCGCCGGUGGCCGCGGCCAGUUUUGAGGCGCCCCUUAGCGGUGGAAGUGCAGCCGCCUACCAUCACGCCUACAUGACCAACGUGCUGUCCAGCACCGCCCAGCAGCAGCACCCACUGCCUGCAUCGCCGCUGCAGUCGACCGCCGGCGCUCGGUUUGGGGCCGCCGACAACCUGGACGAUGUGAGCGCCAGCGCAGUGCGGGAACUGUCGCAGCAACUGCAGGCUCAGCUGCGGGAUGCCAAGCGUCGCCACCUGGCCUGCACCGAGGUCACGCUGCCCAACGACCUCACGCAGCGCAUCGCCGCCGAAAUCAUCCGGAUGUCGGAGCGGGAACCUUGCGGCGAGCGCGCCUGCACGCUCUUCAUUGAGUUCGAGAGCGAGCCCAACAAAGUCAAGCGCAUUGCAUACUUUAAGGUGGAUCCGGACACCGUGUCCAUCUUCGAGCUGUACUUGACGUUGAGGCAGGACAAGAGCGGCUGGAGCUCCUUGGUGCCGCAGUUUAUUAAAAACCUUACUCGUAGCAAUACCAUCAACAUCAGUCCCGACUUCACGCUGACCAAGAAAAAGCUCUACUCAUCCGAGUGAGUCGCUCGACGGAGGAGCGGCAUGGAGUGCGAACCAGAAUCGCUGGGCUGCUCAGAACUCAAUCCCUCCGAACAACAACAGUAACAGCAGCAAUCGCAAUACGAACAUCUAUUGGUUGUGCCUCCUUCGACGCAAUAGCCAAGAUUCAUGAUCUUCAUUAUGGAAUAUAGAGAGAUGAUGUUUAACCCUAGAGGCAAACUUUUGGACCACAAACUAUCAACUUACUCCUGCAAAUAACAAAUCAACUCAACGCUAAAGCAAAAACAAUUAUUUUGGAACCUAAGCUCUAAAACAAAACCAAAAAAACCAAAACGAAAACAAAAACAAAUCAACUGCAGUUGCAGGCAACUCAAAACUCUUAUUGGACUGACUUUUUGGCUUAAACAAAAAAGGUACUUUUUGAAAAACGAAAAAAAUCGCAAAAAAAAAGAAG